AUGCAAUGCAAAACGAAACUAAACGGAGAAUGUGCAAAAUAGUCAACAACAGCGAGUAUUGGAUGGCGGCGAUGGCCGUUUGGAAUUCAUUCCCACCAAAGUCAUAAUGUGGUUCUGCACCAGUUGCAAUUCUAAAUCCACAACGUCAAGUCCACAACAACGGAUGAAGACACGAGGCGCGCGAGUAUUAUUGGGUGAUCCGUGAUCCUCCUUUCCUUUACACGGUCAUUUUGAGUAGUUGAGCUGAACGACGUUUGUUUAACAACGACAACAAAACGUCAAGAAUACAAAUUAGUGAAAGAGUGUCAGUGGCUUUUGUUAAUUGUUUUUUUAAACGAAUAAUGGAAUAAAUAAGAAAACAGGCGAAAAAUGCAAGUGUUUGUUUUGAAAUAAAUUGUCAAUUGAAAUAUUCAAAUAUUGAAUAUAAUUAAAAUAAAAAAGAAAAUUAUUUUUUUCUUGUGAUAGUUUAUCGUUUUGUGUGUGUGCGUGGGUGUUGUUGCUGGUGUAUCAUCAAACUUCAGGACAACCUUAAGCCGCUUAAGAUUGCUUCCUGGUUUUCAACGAAAGCGAGAUAAAAAGGGAAUAACCCACAAAAAAUAAACUACAAACGUCGCAUAUGGCGAAAAAAAGAAAAUGCCCCCAAAAGUAAAAUAAAGAAUAGCCGAAAAAAUAACAACAAACAACAUUAAAAAAUAUAGUAACAUAAAAAUAAUAGAAAAGCACCACAAUUAAAAGAUACGCCUUAUUAGUAGAUACACAAUUUCAAAAGCAUUGGCAUCCAAUGCCCUCUGCUUAAAGCCACAGCGGAGAGAAGAAGAACUCAAACAACUAGGAAACACGUUUCUUGCGAAUGAAUGACGAAGUAAAUGAGCAAAACAUAGCAGCAGACUAAGUGGUGGCACAAUGAAUCCAACGUUUAAAACUCGGACAAGUGAUGAAGCACUUGAUGAGCAUAUGCAACAAUUGAAAACUAUUGUGGCCUCACGGAGGCAGAACCCGAAACCACAAGAGUCACAGUCACAGUCAACAUAUAGCGAAAGUCCGGCAGCAAUGCAUCCAGCACCAUCAGAUGCUGGUUCCACCCACAAAUCGUAUCAGCCAACAAAGCAACAACACAUUAACGAGGAUGACAUGCGUAUACGCAGCGAUUCGACAGCUACAAGCAUUUAUGUGAUGGGCAACACACCCAAUGCCAUGGGACAUGAUGCGUACUCCAGUAAUCCCCCCACCAUGGAUCGUAGGCAAGAGCAUCGCCUAUCCUGGGUAAAUAUGCGACGAAGGAUCGAAGGCUCAGUGGCGGAAAGUGAGGGGCCACGACGACCACCCGUAACACCCUCACCCCAAACGACACGUAGUUAUAUUUCGAAUAUAACAACAACCGAAAUGAUGAGUUCUUCGGAUGGCCGCAGUACGGCCUUGAGAAAUGGCAGUAGCGUGGGUGUAGGUGGUGGUGGCGGUACUCUGAGUGGCAGAACAACGGCCACAUCGGGUCACAUGAGUACCAGCGGUGUGACAACCAUAAGUGGCAGCAAUAACACCUUGAAUGAUAUUCAUUCGGAUUAUCAUAGCCAAGAAGUGGGUGGCAGUCGGGAUUUCCAUAAUUUUUCGCGUAGUCCCACCACACCCAUGAAACAGCAUAACUAUUCGGCCAAUGGUAGUUUUAAUUUGGCCAAUGGCAGCACCGUGAAAUUGUUGGCGGGCAAUGAUGAUGAGGCGAAUCAGCAGACCAAAUGUUCAGUAUUUCGUGGUUUAGUACUGUGCCUUUGCUUGAACGUCACCUAUGCCAACGUCGUUCGCUUCCCACGGGAAUUGGAUAAAUAUGGUCUGGCAUAUAUGAUACCAUAUAUUUUACUACUAUUUCUAGUCGGUCUGCCCAUUGUCUUGUUGGAAAUAUCGGUGGGGCAGUUUUUGGGACAGGGAGCAGCGCACACAUGGCGGGCAUCUCCGAUAUUUAAAGGCGCCUGUAUAAUCAGUCGAUUUGCCUCAUGGAUAUCAACGGUGUGGAUAUCACUGCAAGCUGUAAUGUCCAUUGGUUACAUCGGAAUGUUCUCAUUCAAUACGAUGCCAUUUCGGGAAUGCGUCGGUAAUAUACGACUCCUAUCGGAUCGUUAUAUGCUCACGAACAACAGCGCCCAAGAAUGUAUGCAGAAAACAUUUUUAAUACCAUUUUGGGAGAAUCCCUUCUAUUUUGGUCUACUAUCGAUCGGCUUGGUUGUUGUGUGGAUGAUCGUUAUGUUCUGCACCCACAAUGGACGCGUACUGCGACGAGUUCUAUUCACUUUGGGUCUGCUGGGCUUUGCAUUGCUGUGCUGCCUCACAUCAUGGGAGGUACACAAUACCCUACAUCGUUCCGUGCCCUAUUUUCCCGAGCUGUGGCAGUUCACCGAGAAAUAUCUACUCGAAAGUAAUCUCUGGUUCAAUGCCCUAAUGCAGGUGAUUUUCUCUUUGAAUUGUGGCCUGGGAGUGCUGCCAAUGGUCACUGGGAAAUUUCUCUACAAAGGUGAUGCGGUACGAACAUCGGUGGUGUAUUUAUGUUUCAAUUUGCUGAUCAAUGCCAUAUCGGUGACGCUGUUUAUGAUACAAUUUGAUCAUUCCGCCAAUGGGGCAUAUUUGAUUGAUGAAUUGAAGCCAUUGACGGCCAUUUACGAUAGGAUUUUAUAUGACACACCGAAAUAUGCCUUGUGGAUUAAACUGCUACCAUCCUUGGUCAAUGGUUUGGUGGUGGUGGCCUGUUUGGUCUCAAUUGUGGUGGGGGUUUACACCAGUACCCGGUUGGUACCACGUCAUCCCAAUUAUGUCAUAAGUCUGGUGGGUUUGGUGGCGGCCAUAAUUUCCCUCUCCUCGCCGAAUUUCUAUGUGGCGAGGCUGUUGGAUUCACGAGUGGUUGGCACAAUGGUGGUGACGGCCUUGGUGUUUGAGCUAAUAGCUCUGACAUGGAUAUAUGGAGUAAAGAAUAUCUAUACUGAUUUGGAGUUCUCCAUAGGUCGGCCAAUUUUCAAAAUAUGGUUGGGCUUGUGGUGUAUAUGCCCGGCAAUUUUAACGGGACUCCUUGUGUGGUGGUGUUCCGAUGAUGAUCAAAAUGAUGUGCUGCCCACCAUAAUGCCACGUUGGGCGCCAAUAUUGUUUGUCAUCUUUGUGAUUAUGUUGAUAGCCUGUGUGCAGAUAUUCCGCCAGGUGGAAUAUAAUUUCUUUGGCAUGAUCUGUGAGGCAUCCAAAUCGGCCAAGGAAUGGGGACCGGCAGAUCCCUUGGCCCGCCAUGCCUGGAAACAGUGGCGUUCUGUGUGCCAAGAUACAGGUCAGAGGGAUUUCACCCUGAGACGUCGUGGCACCCGUGACUAUACCCAUUCCAUUAAGAAAGGCCAAUAUUCAACAUCGGGCAAGUAUGCCAAUGGCCAGGCCAAUGCAGCGCAGCAGCACUGGAAAUCUUCGACACCGGGUAACAGUUCGCCCAACUACAGUGGUUCGGUGUUUGGUGACUCAGCCAUAGAGGAGGAUAUCAGUGUGGAUAAGUUUCCGGGGAUUUCCCAGCAAUUUGUGCCAUUUCACAACAAUGACAAUCACAAACCUCUCCGCUAUUCGCAUAGAUCCCGAAAUCAGCAACAAGCCCCACCACCCCCGCCUCCUUCGCAGCAGCAAAAAAUCAAUGUCAAUGGCUAUGCCAAUCAUCACCAGCAUCAACAACAGAUGGCGCAUCAUAUGCCGGGCGGACAAGUAGAAUUGCGCAGCUCCAAUCCGGAUACCCCCAAACAUCGAGAAAUUGUCUAUAUUAGACGUAUGUCCUCCGAGGAAGGUCCGCAUGCAACACGCAUCGAAAUCACACCAUCCAAUGAAUCCAUAUCAUAUGCCACAACGCGAAAUCACUCCACAUCAAGGACAAGUGGUCCACAUGAGGAUGUGACCAGCUCGGCUUUGCAUCAUCAACCACAGGCCAAACGUAGCUCCCAAAAUGCCAAUAAAUUGGAAAGUAAUCGAAAUUCUUCCUCGAAAUUGCCACCAACCAUUUCUGAUGAUAAUGGUGAUCACAUAUGUUGGCGCAAGUUUUCCAUGAAUCCUCAAGAGUAUUCAACGGAAUUGUGAUUUUCUCCCCACUUUUGUUUUUCCACUAAAAAAUGAAAAAAAAGUUGUAAAAAAACAAAACAUCAACGAAUCUAGUUUAUUAUUAUUUUUUUUAUAUAGAAAUCCAUAUUUUAUAUGAAAAGUCGUCAUUCCAAUAGAAUUGUAUAUAAGUAAGAUUAAGUCGAUUUAAGAAAAAAACAAUAAAUAAAUAAGAAUUGAAUAUACCACCUAGAAAUUUUGAAUGUAAAAGCGUAUUCCACAUCAAAGAUAAUAAAAAAUAAAGACUUUUCUUUUUCGCGAUAAUAUGUCGUCUAAAAAGGAACAUAUCAGAAAAGCAAAUCACUUAGCAGUCGAAUAGAAUAGAAAAUAAAAAACACAUUUUUUUAAGUCGUCCUUAUUUAGUCAUAUUUAUAUAUGUAUGUGAGUGUAUAUAGUUAGUCCUUUAAAAAAAAACAA